CAAUGCACCAAAGACUUGGAUAUUUCUUGACCGAACAUUUCAGCCUUGCGCCAGCCUUAAUCAACUUGCUGCCAUUCCAUUCAAUAAUCCAACCACAGUCAACAUGGCGGACACAAAGAUCCAGGAGCUUCUAACGAAGCCGCGCAACGAAUUGACGGAAUACGAGAUCUCACUUCUCGAAGAGCACGAAUUCAGCGCCGGCCCUCUCUCCAUCCUCCAAACCGCAGUCCGAAGUCACACCCAAGUCCUCAUUUCCUGCCGCAACAAUCGCAAGCUCCUAGCACGUGUAAAGGCGUUCGACCGACAUUGUAAUAUGGUGCUAGAGAACGUCAAGGAGAUGUGGACAGAGACGCCGAAGCUUUCGAACGGAAAGAAGGGGAGGCCGGUCAACAAGGACCGCUUCAUUAGCAAGAUGUUCCUAAGAGGAGAUUCGGUCAUUCUAGUUUUGCUAAGUUAGAUGGGCGAAAGAGGGGUACAGGAAAUAGUAAUAAUCCGAGCCGUUUUAUACGACAUAUUGUUCAUCACAAGAACGCCAAAGUGGGGGUGAUAGGUUGCGAAGACCAGGACAGUAUCCGAAUGCAAUGAUUUGCCUUGCAGGAGUGCCCUUUUAGCGAC